CACAGAUACUCCUGACCACGAGCUCGGAGCGUGCACGAGCCUUCUUGAGCUGUCCGUGCGCGCGAGAUUAGACUCCCGCGAGCGGCGCACAGGCUCCUCCACGCGCCCGCAGCAGCGGAUGAGAGUGACCCCCGCGGACAGCGCACAUCACCUCCAGCGCACACGCUCCAAACCGUGGAAGCCACUACAGUGAUGCGUCCGAACCGAACGAAACCGAGUUAGGGGCCUACCGAACCCCGCUGGAUGAUAACUUCCAAACUUUCCCGUCGGACCGUGUUUGUAGGCUUCUGUAGGGAGGAUAAGCCACGGAAGGACAGGUGUCACCCCGUCUCCAUCCCCCGCUAGCCUCGUGCGACCCGUCACCUCAGAAUUAGUUUUUAGCAUUGUGUGAGACUUUUGGAGCCAUGUUGUGGACGACGUGGCUGGUCCUGUUGCUCUAUUCGGGGGGCGCACAUGGCGAGGAGCAAGCGGACCAGGAGAGCACCACACCGGGAGUUGUCCUUCUUGAUUCACGCAGACAGCGCUCCUCUUCGCCGGUGCAGCCGCUGGACUUUGGGUUUGUACCGGCAGCUGUGUAUGAUACCCAUGCUUAUUAUGAGCCUGGCGCCAUUGGACUUCUCUUCCACACGGUCCAUGCUUUUCUAUACGCCAUCCAACCUAACAACUUCCCCUCAGAUCUCAUUGUGAAAGUUAUACAGCAAAACAUGGGGGGCAUCAAAUUUGAAGAGUGGAGAAAGCCAGAAAACGUCGUCUUGUUGCUACAGUGGAUCUACUAUGAAGCGGGGUUCUUGAUAUGUGCAGUGAUUGGCCUCCUGUUUGUGGUGCUCAUCCCCAUCAUCGGCACCUGUUUCUGCGUGUGCCGCUGCUGUGAGAACUGUGGAGGCGAGAUGCAUCAGAGGCAGAGGAAGAACGCAGACUGUCAGCGAGGAGUCUACACCGCAUCUCUCAUCGCUACCUCCAUCUUCAUCGUUUUGGGGGUCCUUAUUUCCUACGCUGCCAACCACAACAUCAGCGCCCAGAUCAAGAGCACCCGCCGCUUUAUCAACACUAAUCUGAGAGACUUGAAAACACUGGCUAACAACACCCCUUCGCAAAUUGAAUACUUGACAGCCCAGUACACCACAGCCAAGAACAAAGUGCUUUCAGAUUUGGAUAACAUUGGACCUUUGUUGGGCGGAAGGAUACAGAAUCAGCUGGAAAAGGAUGUGGUACCAUCACUGGAUACAGCUUUGCGCAUGGCAGGAGCCAUGCGUGAAACCAAAGAGGCGCUGGAGAGUGUGGGCUCAUCUCUGGAAGUGCUUCAGGAGGGAACAUCCAAACUCCAGAACAGCCUGUCCGGAGAGCGAGCGUCUCUGUCCAACACUCUGUCUGACCCGGCCUGCACCAACGGAGCCGUGUCCCCCACAUGUAACGCCAUCCGCUCCACGCUAGCUCAACUGGGGGUCAGCGCUGACUUCUCCAAGCUUCCAGAUGUCAACCAUGCCUUGGAUAAUGUCAAUAAUGUCCUCAAAACAGACCUGAGCAACAUUUUACAAAAGGGUUACUCAUCUUUUAAUGACACUCCCAAACUGGUUAAAGAACAAACUAGAAAUAUUGUUGCAGGAGUGAAAGGCAUGCUGGAUAAGACUGGCUCAGAGAUCACCAAUUUCGCCAAAAUGUACCCAGUAGAAGCCUCUUUGACGAAUUUCACUAUUUUCCUCAGUCAAGGCCAGAAAAAUAUUGAAGCAUAUUACCCACAGAUAGAUCAGAUGGACUUUUACAGGUGGAUUGGCUGUGUGGUGAUUCUGUGCAUGGUGGUCCUGGUCCUGGCCUUCAAUCUCCUGGGUCUGCUGUGUGGCACCUGUGGUUAUGACAAACAGGCCACGCCCACCACCCGUGGCUGCCUUUCCAAUACCGGGGGCAACCUACUCAUGGCUGGGGUAGGCUUCUCCUUCCUCUUUUCUUGGGUGCUUAUGGCCUUGGUAAUGACCCUGUUUGUUGUCGGUGGCAACGUGGAGAAGAUGCUAUGUGAGCCUCUGGCCAACAGGCAGAUAUUCAAGAUCAUUGACACUCCAUUCCUGGUUCAUCCGGCAAAGAAGAACUUUCUUCCAGGGAUGCUCUUCCAAAAUCCCAACAUAGACUUGACUAUUGGAAGCAUGUACAGAGAAUGCUAUGAAAACAAUGGCCUGUACCAUGCUCUGCAACUAGAAACAUUGUUCAAUGUCAACUCCUUCUUCAACAGAACUGUGUACAACAAGGACCUCUCAAAACUCUUGGAAGGUGUGCAGGUGGAUCUGCAAGACGUCUCACUGCUGGAGCAGGCUGGCAGAGACAACCUCAUCAACUUUGCCAACGCAGGACUUGGACACAUCGACUACCAGGCGUACCUGGCCGAGCUAAACAAAGGGGUCACUCUCGUGGAUUUGCUAUCAUUUUCUGCAGACUUAGAAGCUCAGGCUGACAACCUGCCACGUGGGGCAUUAGAAAAUGCCCUGAAAGGACAUGCGAGCAGUAUUCGACAAAUUCACAGAGAGCAGGUCCUUCCACUGGAGCAAGCCAUGAGUACAAUGAGUCAGAGUAUCAAACAGCUGCAGAGGACGUCCACUGAGCUUCCUGUAAAGGUCAACAAUAUCCUGAGUGCUAUUGAUGCAGCAGAGUACCUGAUCACACACAACGCCUCCCAUGUAGUCAAACAGGAAACAAAAGCCUACACAGACAGUCUCAUAGGAUACUUCAAACAGUACACAAACUGGGUAAAAAACUCUCUGAUUGCAGAGGUGGCGCAGUGUAAGCCCAUCAGUAACAUUGUGGACAGUCUGGAGAUAGUAACGUGCAGCUUCAUUAUCGACUCUGUGAACACCUUCUGGUUUGGUUUGGGAGGCUGUUGCAUCCUGCUUAUUCCCAGUAUUAUCUUCUCUGUGAAAUUGGCCAAAUACUACAGAAGAAUGGACACAGAGGAUGUCUUUGAAGACUGCUCCCCUUAUUUUGACACUAUGAGCCGGUUCCCUCGUGCCUCUGCUCCACCUUGUUACCCCGACUGGUGAUGCAAAGGAACAUUCUCCCCCAGCAGGAAGUGGCCAGGAAAAUUGGAACUGAAUAUGAAAUGACAAAAGGGAAAUCUCUAUCAUAAACUAUGGGGAUUCUUGAUCUCUACUGACUCUUCAAGCCAUUUGACAAAAAUCUGUGAUACAAGCCAAGUGUUGUUAACCAAACACUAUCUUCAUACAACAGUAGUAGUCUUUAUCUUUAUUUAGUUUUUACAUUAUGAACUGUCAGAGCAUUGUGGCUCUGUGUGGAUAGAUGUUUCUGUUGUAACUACAUCAGUUGAACUUGCAAAAACAAUGUACAUUUUUUACGCUUUCAGGUACUGAAAGUUUUAUAUAUUUUGUCAAUAUGUGUUUUUAUAAGUGAGUGAGUUUUUAGUUCUAGUUACUUUUCAUUGUUGUCUAUUGUCUGUUGUCCACACCCACCCUGUAAAUACAGUAGUUCGUAGUUACAUUGACCAGGUAGCCAUUUCAUUCAUUGGAAAGGAGCAACAUUUCCACUCUUUUUAAAGAUCUUUUAAAACUGUAUUCUCCUGGUCUAUGCCACUGUAAGUAAAAUGGUACCGGAUAUUUUUUUGUGUGAGACUGAUCAUGACUAUUUGGGAAAAAAAAAAAUUGUAAUUGGUGCAUUCAUUUUUAUGUGCUAAUGGUCUCUUUUGAUUUUAGAGACCAAACUAAGACAAAAACAAUACUGUGAAUUUGCAACAAACGUGAAUAAA